UCAUUGAAGUUGAUGGAGUUAGUACAAAAGCAUCAAAUAUUAGCGUUUUACCAAUUCAUAUUGGACAACGCUUCUCUGUUAUCGUUGCGGCAUCCCAAGAAGUUGGCAAUUAUUGGAUACGUGCGGACAUACCAGAAGAUUGUGUACCGAGUCCAUCUAAUACAAUAAAUGCUAACUCGUCAUUUGCCAAUAAUAGGAAUAUAACAGGAAUAUUACAAUAUGAAGGAGCACCUAAUGAUACACUUCCAACAUCCACAAAGGUCAAUGAUGAAUGGUCUAGAAAUCUAAUUCCAUGCCGUGAUAUUGAUUCUAAUUUAAUAAAACCAUACGACGCAGUAGCACCGCCUUUAAAAAUUACAGAUCCAAUUACUGUUGCUGUAACACUUCGUGUUGACGAAAAAAAUACCACCAAAGCUUAUAUUAAUAAUCAAUCUUGGGUUCCUGAUAUAAAAAAUCCUUCAAUUAUGCAAAUUAUGAGCGAAAAUAUUAGUGCUACGCAAUUUCCUAUUAAUGCUAAUGCAUAUAUGUAUGAUACUGAGGGCUAUAUAUGUCGUUAG